GGUAUUGUAUAAAUGUUGAUUAGCAUCAGAAACACAUAGAAACAGUAAAAUCACAGCACAAUGCUGUGCAACCAUACUCCUUGUCGCGCUCUACUAUGAAACAGAACGCGAUAUUCCAAUUUUUUGUAUUUCGCGCCGCCCAAUUCGCGUUUCCCUUUAUUUCAUAUAUUCCUCCGCCACUGUUAAAACCUCGUAAUUUGAAUGCAAGCACGUAAUGAGUUGCCACCAAGCCUGAAAGGGUCUCGUUGCAUUGUGCACAUUGAUUUGGAUUGCUUCUAUUGUCAAGUUGAGCAAGUACGUCUGGGUCUUUCGUCAGAAGAGCCAGUAGCAGUACAGCAAUGGCAUGGUUUAAUUGCAGUGAACUAUGCUGCGCGAAAAGCUGGGGUUCAGCGAAUGGCAAAUGUCGUUGAAGCAAAAAAGGCUUGUCCUGACAUUACGUUCGUCCAUGUUGCUACGUACGGUCCAGAUGACCAAGAACCGCAUUAUUAUCCAAAUCCCAAUCGAUCAACCCACAAAGUAUCGCUAGAUCCUUAUCGGCAAGCUUCCAAACGCAUCUUUGCUAUUUUCAGAAAAUAUUGCGACACGAUUCAGAAAAUCGGUUCGGAUGAAGGAUUUAUGGAUAUGACGACCAAAGUAAACGAACGUAUCAUGCAAGAAUAUCUACCUCAUUUAUUGGAUAAAAUUGACGAUGACGUGUGUGAUGUGCCUAUCAAUUGGGACGAACUCGGUGUCGCUAUGGGUGGAGAAGGUCCCACAACAUGGCAGGAUCUUCAACUCGCUGUAGGUGCAAAAAUCGCAAAGGAAAUUCGGCAAGAAAUCUUUGAUGAGCUUCACUAUACGUGUUCUGCUGGUAUUGCUCAUUGCAAAGUUGUUGCAAAACUGUGCUCAAGUCGUAAUAAGCCCAACAAACAAACAGUAUUGCGGAAAUCAGCAGCAAUGGAAUUUAUGCGCGAGAUUCCAUUUACCAAAAUCAGAAAUUUGGGCGGCAAGUUGGGCAAUGAAGUUGAGAGCGAAUUGGGUAUCGAAACUGCCGGUGAUGUUUGGAAAUAUGACUUGGAAGAUCUUCAGAAACGGUUUGGUGAAUCCACAGGCUUGUGGAUUUACAAUGUUGUGCGCGGAGAUGAUGAAGAAGAGGUUAAUGUGACGAAAGCCCCUAAAUCGCUUAUGGCGUCUAAAUCUCACCGGCCUCCGGUUCGAACCUCAGAGGAUAUGUACAGAUGGAUGGGUAUUCUUUCUGCUGAACUGCACAAUCGGAUAUUGACGAACUUUGAAGAUUUUCAACAAUGGCCCCGAACUAUAUCACUGUCCUUACGAACUACUCAGGAUACGGCUUACAGAACAAAAUCUUGUCCAAUGUUAAGUCGAGAUAGCAUGAAAAGUCCUGAUAAAUUGACUCAAAAAACGAUCGAUCUACUUGGCCCUAUAGAAGAUGCGACCCCUUGCGUAGGGAUGUCCUUACAAGCAACUGGUUUAGUUAUGGACCAGUCAGCUACCAAUCAUAGCAUCGCUAAAUUAUUUGAACAGCAGCAGCGACAUCGACGACCGGAUGUUGGUAGUAGUUCAGGGGAGCAGCAGGAACAUUUGGAACAUCAAAGACUUCAAUCUCCCAAGGAACAAUCAAUAACGAUGCCUACGACAUCCGUGACAUCUACUCAACAGCAAGUAUCACCAUCCUCGAUACCACCAAAGAAAACAGGACUUUUGAGCUUUUACUCCAAAAAGAUCCUGCAAGAAGAAAAGGCCAAUCAUACUACCACAGACGGUGACACAGAUAACUGGUUCUGCGAUAAGUGCUUCAAGAAGAUACCCCGAACUAACAUUGAAGAGCACACCGAUUAUCAUUUUGCGCUUGACCUGCAGAAUCAAGAACGAAGUGGGAGUCACAGCAAUAAUUCUAAUCACAAUAACAACAACAGCAACAAACGAGGAUCACCAUCAUCGUCAACUAAUAACAAUAAUAGAAAAGGGUCACCUGAAGAUGUAAAGAGAAAGAGGCUCUUUUUCUUUCAGCCUCAAGGGCAAAAGCGGUAGUUCUUGUCAUCAUAAUCAUAAUUGAACUAGUAGUAUACAGUUUGUUUCGCCACUCAUACAGUAUGUAGGGAUGGUUAUGUUGAUAUAGCAUAAAUUACUGCAAACAAAAUAAACUAUUGUUAUAUUGCUGUAGAUUAUGUAGAGAUAGCGUAAAGGUAGUAUGAAA